AUGCUGAAGCGCGCCGCUGCCUACAAGGCUGCACUGGCGCUCUGCGCCGUCUACGGGCUGCUGUACACGAUCUCGCGUUCGCCAUCCAAGACCGCGCACUCCGUCGGCCUCAGCGACGCCUGCGCUGCGUGGCACCCCGGCGCCGAGGACCCACCGGACUGCCUGCGCGCCAAGCAAUUCCGCGAGUUCCAGGAGUUCCACGCUAGCGGCGCCGGCGCUCAGUUCGAAACACAUAACCGGCGCGCGCUGCUCGCGGCCGAGCGCUGCGCGCUCGGCAUCACGACGUGCCCCGAGCGCCCCCUCAUCCUCAUCGACUACCACUACUGGUGGCGCUCGAACCGCGACAUGUGGGGGCCCGGCGAGACGGUCUGGGGCUGGACAGCGAUUGACGGGAUGCGCGAGGCUGGAUUCCUCCCCAUCUUCAUUAACGGGCGCGACGAAAAGGGCUUCAUGCAGACGUGGGCGCUUGCGCGCGCCCUCCCGAGCUCCGUCCACGCUUACUUGACCGACGCGAACGCUGCCGUCAGGUGUCUCCUUGACCCCCGGUGCGUGCGGCCCGCCGACUACGUGCCACACAAGAACGCGUCGCUGCGCUUCCCCGAUGCGCCGGACGACGAUGUCGGCGUGCUGCCUGCAUGGCGCGUCUUCGGCGUGCACUUCUGGGGAGCCCGCCCACAGACGUGGCAGGGCACGCAGCACCCCUGCCGCGACUGGGGGCAGUGCGGGGACGAGGAGUGGGCCUACCAUCCCCUGGGGAACAAAUGGGUGCUUACACCAUACGCGUAUCCCGGCCACACGCAGAUCGCUAUGAGCGUGGAGCAGGCGUGCAGCGCCCUGCCGCCGACGCCGAGGAGCGAGCGCGCCGCGGCGGACGGCGUCCUCAUCCUCGCUAAGCUUCCGCUCUACUUCCACCUUGGGUGGUUCAAGGAGACGUUACAUGCGCUGGGGCGCGUGCGGGACGCCAUCGCGCCAACAAAGCUCUGGACCACAGCCAACAGCAAUGACAUUGACAAGUUUCCGCUCCCCGACGCGCUGACGCAGCUGGGCAAGCACGAUCCGGAGGAGUACGCGCGGUUGCUGGCUCGAUCGAAGGUGUUGCUCGGUGUCGGGUUUCCUGUGAUCAGCCCGACACCGUACGAGGCAUUAUGCCGCGGCGUCCCCGUCGUCCUCCCUUACUCGCACCAUGAGAAGCCCACGCCCGAUGGAUGGAACAUGUACCAUGGCUGGUCGUACCAGCACGGGCCGGUGAUGGCGCUCGGCGAGCCAUACGCGUACAGCUACAACGUGCACGAUCCUGAUGAUCUGGUGGACAAGUUGUUGCGGGCGCUUCGGACACCAAUAGAGCCAUUUAUCCCGCCCGAGAUGACCACUGCGGCAGUGUACGCGCGUGUGCGCGAAGUCCUCACGCACGACUGGGAGGGCGAAUACGACCGCAUCGUCGCGGGCCGCGGCAUGCCGCGCUACCCAGACAUCAUGGUCGACAAGUGCUUCAAUGGGGAGCAUGUCGCGCCGUGUUCCGGCAAGUAUCCUAUGCCGUAG